CGCAGCAGCCGGUCGGGUUGGACCCGCGGUCUGUGCCGCUGCUCCCGGCCCCUUUUGCUUGCUGUGUGCAUGGAAGUGCUUCCCUGCAGCGUUCGUCUCAGAAUAUUCCCAAAGGCGGGGUGAAGCUGGCUGGUGCUUUGGCCUCCAUGUCCUCGCAGGUUGCUUUGACGCCUUUUUUCAGCAGUCGGGAACCAGCUUGAGCCGCUCUGAUUUUUUAAAGGUCAUUGAUAGACUCACAGGGACAUCAGCUCACCCUCACGGCAAAGCUCUGUGUGAUCAGGUUAUAUCUCCAUAGGUCUCUGCUUGUCUUUCCUAAAGACUCUGUAGUGUCCAUUGCAGCUCUCUGUUACUGUGCUCUUCCCAGUGCACCUCCGUGGUCCUCGUGAGGUGACGCUUUUGUCAUUGCACGUGGAUUCCUGGUUCCUCCUGCUCGCUGCCCCAUUGCGUGCACGGCUGUGCCGACUGUUGUGAUGGACAGCCAUCACGGGGCUGUGGAGGAGCUCCCACGUCCUGCUGUCUGGACAUCCCCUCGCAGUCCCCCGCUGCUGCCCGGCCCAGGGGGCUGAGCCAUGCAGCUGCCGGCUGCCCCGGCCUCCCACAUCCCCACCGGCCCCCUCCAGGUCCCCACACCCUCCCGUGACCUUUGCCCACCUUGCAGGCACCCGUUCUCAGGCCGUGAGGUGCCCAUCUCGAACGGCUCGGGAUUCCUGGUGUCUCCUGAUGGGCUCAUAGUGACCAACGCACACGUGGUGGCCAACCGGCGGCGCGUGCGGGUGAAGCUGGCCAGCGGGGAGCAGUACGACGCCGUGGUGCAGGACGUGGACCAGGUCGCAGACAUCGCCACCAUCAAGAUCAAGCCCAAGCGCCCACUGCCCACGUUGCCCCUCGGACGCUCCUCCGAGGUGCGGCAGGGGGAGUUCGUGGUGGCCAUGGGCAGCCCCUUCGCCUUGCAGAACACCAUCACCUCCGGCAUCGUCAGCUCCGCGCAGCGCGGCAGCCGGGAGCUGGGCCUGGCCGCCUCCGACAUGGAGUACAUCCAGACGGACGCCGCUAUCGACUUUGGGAACUCUGGUGGUCCCCUCGUCAACUUGGAUGGCGAAGUGAUUGGGGUGAACACCAUGAAGGUGACGUCAGGCAUCUCGUUUGCCAUCCCCUCAGACCGGCUGCGGAAGUUCCUGCAGAAGGAGGAGCAGCGCAAAAGCUCCUGGUUUGGCAACGCGGAGACGAAGCGCCGUUACAUCGGGGUGAUGAUGCUGACUCUCACACCCAGCAUCCUAGCUGAGCUGAAGCUGCGUGACCCCAGCUUCCCUGAUGUCUCCUAUGGAGUGCUAAUCCACAAAGUGAUCAUCGGUUCCCCGGCCCACCAGGCAGGGCUGAAGGCAGGCGACGUGGUGCUGGAGAUUAACGGGCAGGCGACGCGCCGUGCAGAGGAUGUGUACGAGGCAGUGAGGACUCAGCAGAGCUUGGCCCUGCUGGUGCGGCGCAGCUAUGACACGUUGCUGGUGAGCGUUGUCCCUGAGGUCACAGAGUAGUGCUGCAGUGCCGCUCUGUCUGCUGGCCAGGAGCCGAGGAUGCAGGACUGAGGCACAUCUCUGUGCCCAUCGGGGAGAGGCUGGGAGCUUGCGAGGGCCCGGAGGGGCCAGGCAGGGGGCAUGGCACUGGGGCAGACUCGGUGUGAAACCGCUCCCCUCCGUGCUCAAAUAAAGUGCUUUUCUAGGUGCC